AUGUGUAGCGGCAGUGGCCGCCGGCGGAGCAGUCUGAGCCCGACGAUGAGGCCGGGGACGGGAGCUGAGCGUGGAGGCCUCAUGGUGAGUGAAAUGGAGAGCCAUCCUCCCUCGCGGGGUCCCGGGGACGGGGAGCGGAGAUUGUCCGGCUCAAGCCUGUGCUCCAGCUCUUGGGUCUCUGCUGACGGCUUCCUGAGGAGACGGCCUUCGAUGGGGCACCCUGGCAUGCAUUAUGCACCAAUGGGAAUGCACCCUAUGGGUCAGAGAGCCAAUAUGCCUCCUGUACCUCAUGGAAUGAUGCCACAAAUGAUGCCUCCUAUGGGAGGGCCACCAAUGGGACAAAUGCCUGGAAUGAUGUCUUCAGUAAUGCCAGGAAUGAUGAUGUCUCAUAUGUCUCAGGCUUCCAUGCAACCUGCCUUACCGCCAGGAGUAAAUAGUAUGGAUGUAGCUGCAGGCACAGCAUCUGGUGCAAAAUCAAUGUGGACUGAACAUAAAUCCCCUGAUGGAAGGACUUACUACUACAAUACUGAAACAAAACAGUCUACAUGGGAAAAGCCAGAUGAUCUUAAAACACCAGCUGAGCAAUUGUUAUCUAAAUGCCCCUGGAAGGAAUACAAAUCUGAUUCUGGAAAACCUUACUAUUAUAAUUCUCAAACAAAAGAAUCACGCUGGGCUAAACCUAAAGAACUUGAGGAUCUUGAAGGAUACCAGAAUACCAUUGUUGCUGGAGGUCUUAUUACAAAAUCAAACCUGCAUGCCAUGAUCAAAGCUGAAGAAAGCAGCAAGCAAGAAGAGUGCACCACAACAUCAACAGCCCCAGUUCCUACAACAGAAAUUCCCACCACAAUGAGCACCAUGGCUGCUGCCGAAGCAGCAGCUGCUGUUGUUGCAGCGGCAGCUGCAGCUGCGGCAGCUGCUGCUGCAGCCAAUGCCAAUUCUUCCACUUCUACUACUAAUACUGUGGGAACUGUUCCAGUUGUUCCUGAACCUGAAGUUACUUCCAUUGUUGCUACUGUUGUAGAUAAUGAAAAUACAGUAACUAUAUCCACUGAAGAACAAGCACAACUUACUAAUACCUCUGCUAUUCAAGAUCUGAGUGUUGAAGUAUCCAGUAAUACUGGAGAAGAAACUUCUAAGCAAGAAACUAUAACUGAUUUUACUCCCAAAAAAGAGGAGGAGGAGAGUCAACCAGCAAAAAAAACAUAUACUUGGAAUACAAAAGAAGAAGCAAAGCAAGCGUUUAAAGAAUUAUUGAAAGAAAAGCGGGUACCAUCCAAUGCUUCAUGGGAGCAAGCUAUGAAAAUGAUCAUUAAUGAUCCUCGAUAUAGUGCUUUAGCAAAGUUGAGUGAGAAAAAGCAGGCCUUUAAUGCCUAUAAAGUCCAGACAGAGAAAGAGGAAAAAGAAGAAGCAAGAUCAAAAUAUAAAGAGGCUAAGGAAUCCUUCCAGCGUUUUCUUGAAAAUCAUGAGAAAAUGACUUCCACAACCAGAUAUAAAAAGGCAGAACAAAUGUUUGGAGAGAUGGAAGUCUGGAAUGCAAUAUCAGAACGUGAUCGUCUUGAAAUCUAUGAAGAUGUUUUGUUCUUUCUGUCGAAAAAAGAAAAGGAACAAGCAAAGCAGUUGCGAAAAAGAAAUUGGGAAGCAUUAAAAAACAUACUUGACAACAUGGCUAAUGUAACAUAUUCUACAACUUGGUCUGAAGCACAGCAGUAUCUAAUGGAUAAUCCAACUUUUGCAGAAGAUGAGGAGUUACAGAACAUGGACAAAGAAGAUGCAUUAAUUUGCUUUGAAGAGCAUAUUCGAGCUCUAGAAAAGGAAGAAGAAGAAGAAAAACAGAAGAGUUUGCUAAGAGAAAGAAGACGACAGCGUAAAAAUAGGGAAUCUUUUCAGAUAUUUUUAGAUGAAUUGCAUGAACAUGGACAGCUUCAUUCUAUGUCAUCUUGGAUGGAAUUGUAUCCAACUAUUAGUUCUGAUAUUCGAUUCACUAAUAUGCUUGGUCAGCCUGUUUUUUCAUUAGGAUCAACUGCACUUGAUCUUUUCAAGUUUUAUGUUGAGGAUCUUAAAGCACGUUAUCAUGAUGAAAAAAAGAUAAUAAAAGACAUUCUAAAGGACAAAGGAUUUGUAGUUGAAGUAAAUACUACUUUUGAAGACUUUGUGGCAAUAAUCAGUUCAACUAAAAGGUCGACUACAUUAGAUGCUGGAAAUAUCAAGUUGGCUUUCAAUAGUUUACUAGAAAAGGCAGAAGCCCGUGAACGUGAAAGAGAAAAAGAGGAGGCUCGGAAGAUGAAACGAAAAGAAUCUGCAUUCAAGAGCAUGCUGAAACAAGCCACUCCUCCAAUAGAGUUGGAUGCUGUCUGGGAAGAUAUCCGGGAGAGAUUUGUAAAAGAGCCAGCAUUUGAAGACAUUACUCUAGAGUCUGAAAGGAAAAGAAUAUUUAAAGAUUUUAUGCAUGUGCUUGAGCAUGAAUGUCAACAUCAUCAUUCAAAGAACAAGAAACAUUCUAAGAAAUCUAAAAAACAUCAUAGGAAACGUUCCCGCUCCCGAUCGGGGUCAGAUUCAGAUGAUGAUGACAGUCAUUCAAAGAAAAAACGACAGCGUUCAGAGUCCCGUUCUGCUUCAGAACAUUCUUCUAGUGCUGAGUCUGAGAGAAGUUAUAAGAAAUCAAAAAAGCAUAAGAAGAAAAGCAAGAAGAGGAGACAUAAAUCUGACUCUCCAGAAUCAGAUGCUGAGCGAGACAAGGAUAAAAAAGAAAAAGAUCGGGAAAGUGAAAAAGAUAGAACUAGACAAAGAUCAGAAUCAAAACACAAAUCACCUAAGAAAAAGACUGGAAAAGAUUCUGGUAAUUGGGAUACUUCUGGCAGUGAACUGAGUGAAGGUGAAUUAGAAAAGCGCAGAAGAACCCUUUUGGAGCAACUGGAUGAUGAUCAAUAAAUUAUACCAAAUAUAUGUUUACAGUAUGAUUUAAAGUCUAAUUCAGACCAGGGACUCUAUUUUAAGUUCAGUUUAAAUAACACUGGGUUUUAAUUGUAUCACAGAAAAAAAAAAAGUGCAUUUAAGUAUUGUUAUUGUGGACUUUAUAUAAGCAAAAGAAAUUGAAAAUAACUUCUGAUUCUGUAUCAAGAAUCAUAUUUUCCUACAGUCAUAACUGUCUUUCUGUGACCCUUUCAUAGGGCACUGCAGGAUGGAUUAAAGGUGGCAAUUUACUGAUAACUGCAAAUGUCUCUACUUUGUUCUAAAGUCUUAAGUCAUGAGGUGAUUUGAUUUACUUUUAGAAGUUGGAUUUUGAAGAUAUAUGACAAUUUUUUUGAUAAUAUCGUAGUACAAAAAAAAGCACCAGCAACCAAUAAAUCUGCUUUUUUGUGCACUACCCAACUGGUUACAGCCAAUGUGAUCUAUUAUGGUGAGCUUGUAAGAAAUGGGUGUUUUUGAUGGAAACUUGGUAGACCAUUAACUCUAGUGGUGCAAUAAGCACUGCUGUAAUAAAGCCACCGUUAUUUUUUAUGAAACAUCUGACAUUUUAAAAAGGCUAUUGUGAGGGCAUUAUUUUGAGCAUCUAUUUUGAGGUGAUGUUUAAAAAAGUUAACAUCGAAUCAAAUUGUAAAUUAGAUUAAAUAUAUUGCCUUAAGGACCUACUAAAGAAUGUGCCACCAAUCUUUAAGUGAUAGUUGCAAUAUACUUGUCAAAAAAGAAAAAAAAAAUCAAUGUUGACUUUAAAACAUUUUCUUUAACAGCUGUCUUGAUUUUUUUUUUUUAUCCAAUUUUUUUUUCUUUUUUGUUUUCUUUCUCUCUCCUUUUUUUUUUUUCCAUUGAGGAGGGCUUUUACCUUCCCUACUCACUGAGAAGUAUUGACUUCGUGGUACACAUUCUAAAGCAUUUCUGAUUUGAAUAUUUUUGUACAUUUUUAUCAAUUAUUAAACCUUCUCUUCUAGUGCGUACUAGUAUUUAUUUCUACUUAAACUGCUCAGCUCUAAAGAAAUUGUAUAAUCAUUUUAAAGAUGCUAGAAAUUUGCUUCAUCUUACCCAUAAAUAGCUAGUUUACUUUCCCUUUUUAAUAUUUAAGAAUAUUAUAAAUCAGUGCAUUUGAGGUCCCUUGAUUUGCUUUUUACCGAUAAAUUUCCUAUGGAAUAUUUUAGGCAAUGGUUUGAAGAUAGAAUACCCUUUACAUGCUAACUUUUGAAGGUUGGUGAUGUAAUUUAUACUAUUUUCCUUCAGUGCAGGAGAUUUUUUUAAGAAAGAAAAUUUUAGCACAGGCUUUGGUAUUAUUGUAGGUAUUAUCUUUGUUCUUUUAAUUUGGACACCAAGAUAUCCUAUUUCAGGUUGACAUUUACAAGAAAAGUCUUUCCUCAUUAUCUUAAUGAGCUUGAAAGUGAAAAUGACCAAGACAGCUCUUUCCCAUGCUGCUCUAUGUUUUAAUUAAAUCUAGUUUCCACUGUGUAAAGGCUCAAUAAAAGGGGGUGAAUUUUUUUUUCUAAAAUCCUUUCUGCCACAUCAUUUUUCUGCUAUGAAAUAUGACAUGACUUUGUAGAUACAAAGUGAGAAUCAUCAUCUUUGAGAAAAUGUGAAGUUGAAUCACUUGCUUAAGAUUAGUCUCUUCUGGUUGUAUUAGUCAAAACACCUAACAACUCUGGCAAUUAAUUUUCAGAGUUCCCAUUUUAAUGAUAGAUUGCUAAUCAUGUUAAACACCUGACAUGGAAGUCAAUGGCCAAAUCUUUAAAACAUGCAUAUAAUACUGGGAGAUAUACUAGUAAUGUUUCACAAGAGAAUUUAGAAUCUGUUAAAACAUUGCUUUAAUUAUUCCAUGAUUGAUGGUUUUUCAAGUACAGUUUUCAAAAAAGUUUUGAUUUUUCUAUUUAAAAUAAAAAGUUAUUGAUGUUU